AUGGGGUACUCGGGUGGGAGAGGCGAGGCCGCGACUGUGGUGGCGCUGUGCGUUGCCUGGUACUCGCUCAGCUCGGCCAGCAACGUAGUGGGCAAGCUGGCGAUGACCGAGUUCCCGUUCCCGCUGACGGUGACGAUGGUGCAGCUGCUGUCGGUGGUGGCGUUCAGCGCGCCCACGUUCGCGCUCUGCGGCGUGCGCCCCGAGCCGCCCUUCCCGCGCCGCUACUACUGGCGCACACUGGUGCCCCUCGCCUUUGCUAAGUUUUUUACCACCAUGUUCUCACAGGUCUCAAUAUGGAAAGUACCCAUUUCCUAUGCACACACAGCCGCGGAGCAGCCGACGACGAGUCGUGCCUCCUUCAAGCUACGCUUCGCGGCGCACGGCGAGCCGGGUCGCUCUAACCUCUCCGCCAUCAGACCGCUCGGUUUACCGGCCCCGGUGACGGACAAGCUAGGAGCGCGCGCAUUGGCGCAGGCCGAGGCGCAGGCGGAGGCGCGCGCGCUGGAGCUCGUGCAGGCCCGUUUUGCGCGCGGCCCUCGCGACCUCUACCCACAUCCGGUUACUACCACUCAAGAGUACGGAUGGUGGUGCGUGGGCGAAGGUGCGCGGGGCGAGGGCGAGGGCGCGCGCGGCGCGGCGGCGGGCCGGCACCACAUCCGCGACUCGGGCUGGCUGCGCGCGCGCCUGCGCCUGCUGGCGCCCGACGCCGCCUACAAACGCCGCUAAUGCCCACUACAUUCACAUCAUCACCUUUCGCAUAAUUUUGCUUGUGGGAAUUAUAGUUUGUUCAAACCCCUGAGCCAUCGACACUCUCAGAACAUCGAAAAACAUAUUUGUUAUCCAUAACAUUAAACAAUUUGUUUUAUUGACUAUUCCUAUUAAACCUCUUUAGAUAUGCUGAGACAAUCCGGCCAUAUCUAAUCUAUCAAGUUAGGAAGAUGUUUGGGGAAUGGUUCUACAUCAGCUUACGGAACUGACAAUGUGCACAACACUAGACUCUCACUGCUCUGCCUGUCCAUUUAUUAUUACACGGCCCAAGGCUGAGCUUUUAACACAAUUCUACAUACAACCAAAGAAAUAUAAAAUUAUUAUCAUAUUUAUAUCUACAAGUUAUUUAUCAUUGCUCAAAGAUAAAGGGAUUAUAAAUUGGCACAAGAUUUGACACAGUUUAAUUAUAAUAAGAUUAUUAUAAGGGCACAAAUUGAAAGAACCAUUGCCUCGGGGGUGCACUGCCAUGCUCCGAAAUGUAGAUUAAUUGUGAUGAGAAGAGCAUUUGCUGGGGUGGACAGGGUCGGGCAGGAGGCUAUGGUCUAGACAUCACAUAUUUCCACCACGUAGCCUAACCCUACAUAGGACACAAGCUCCGGCUCCAAUUGAAACAAUUUUUGUGAAGUGGGAAAAAACGAAUUUUGCAAUAUGUGAAUAUUUGCAUAUCUUGAACCUCACUUACUUAAUUUCAUCUAUUUACUACAUACUGGGAGUAAAUAAACAUCCCAAUGUUGGCUUGUAAUUUGUAUUUUUUUUACAUUUAGUUCACUAACUGGAGAUAUAUUUUAGAGCACAGUUUAAAGCAGAUGCUUGAAUUUAAAAUACAUAUUUGGGGAAAUUAUUUUGUUUAUACAGAGCCUCGAGUAGGUUCACAAUAUUGAAUGAUUGGCAUGAGAGAACUAUGCGCUGCAGCAGCAGCACUACUAUCUGUGUCGUAAAUUUUAAUUUAAGACGCUCAUUAACUUUUCUUUGAGCCCCAUUGCAUUAUUCAAUUCAAUUACCUGUGCGUGAGCCCUCGCGGGACGCGCCGAGGUCGACGUCGGCCGUCGGCUGGUCCGCCGCUGCACCAGCGUCGCCUUCCUGCGCAAGGCUCCAUC